AUGACUCGUGCGAACGUAGUUGGUAAUAGAUGGAGGGAUUGGAAGUGCCGACUGAAGCAUAAAUGGUAUGAUAAAUAUGACACUGAUGAACGACACUUAGCCAUCAUUCCUCCUCGGGUGGUCACAGAGCAGUGGAAGACACCAGUAAAAUAUUGGGGUCUUCCAAAAAUGAAAGAGAAAGGAGAGAAGACUGAUCGUCUGAGCAUGUUUACUCGAACAAAGAAGAAGAAAAAUGAUGAAAAUGAAGUUUUUGAUGAGGAUAAUGCUAAUAUUAUUAAUCAAUUCAACCAAUGUUUGGAAGAAAGGGAAGAAGAUGAACAAGAUGAGUCAUUUAGAGUGGAGAUAUUUACUAAAGUGAUGGGAACUAAUGCACAUGGGCAUGUUAGCAUGUAUGGGGCUGAUGAUCUCCAAUCCAAGUUAAAUGAAGUCAGCUCACAACUUAGUCAAGUGAUGACUCAUGUUGGUUUCCAAACCACCCCAGAAGAAAGUGGAAGUUGCCAGUGUCCGUUUGGCAUUACUUAUUUGGGUGAUAAGUGA